CCGAAUUUCUACGCCUCUGGACCGUCCAUCCAUACUCAGUCGUAGGCUUUGACCUCGAAUGGAAACCCAAAUUUCACAAGCAGGGGAGGGACAACCCAGUCGCACUGGUGCAGAUUGGAUUUGAAGACACGAUACUUCUUGUACAGGUUAGUGCGAUGCCAGUUUUCCCUCGCUGCCUGCUGGACUUCCUCGCGUCGCCUCAUGUUUACAAAGUAGGAGUCAACAUACAAAAUGACUGCAAAAAGCUCUUCAAGGACUAUGGAGUCUCAGUCUGUGGUUGUGUUGAUUUGUCGCUCCUUGCACGGUCCUGCGAUCCCCAGUGGAAAGGACCCUACAGUAACGAUAUAGGCUUGUCACGCUUAACGUCGACAUACCUCGGUCUUCGUCUAAGCAAAGGACCAGUGCGGACGAGCAACUGGGAAAGCGAGCUCACACCAUUACAAGUGGAUUAUGCCGCCAAUGAUUGCACUUCGGCUCUCGUUGUCUACUACAAGCUCAUGGCCAGAUUGAUCGUCAUGGACCCCACACCGGAUGCGGAAUGCUUCAUGUUCGACGUGAUAGGAGGUGCUUUGCGUGUCACGGGCGAUCCGGUCGGCAGACUUUGGUUUCCGUACAACCCCCAAUACGAUCCGGGCCCUCCACCGAUACGAAAGAUAGACUCGACAGCGGAGAAGGAUUCGGAGAUGGAGAAAGACGGUAGUGGCGAAUCGGCGUGAGGAAGGCUUUUAGCAUGGAAGGUUGUCAGACCUGCUGUAUCGAUUAUCCUAUCGCUUACUAGCCCUGUUGUAACGCCC